AUGGUAUUCUCUAAGAAGCUAUUCUAUAAAUAUGUUUUGCAGCCGUAUAAGCAUGAGUCUCAACGUGUUCAUCCGUUAAAACGAGCUAAAGGAAAUGGUGGGCAAUUUCUCAACACAAAGAAACUCCAACAGUCCAAGAGCACUCCGACAAGCCACGGACCAGACAUGUCCAGGUCUCCUCAGCUGCAUUUGCCUGCAAACAUCUCCAAACCAGAUGUACAUCAGCCGAAAAAUUUCAAAGAUUCAGGUUCGGCUACCUCUUGCUCCGAUGUCAGAAGUCCCUCCAACAGUGAUGAAAUGUUUCAGCAGCCAGAUUUCAGGUUCUCUAGCUAUCCUCCCGAUCAUACUGGUGAAGCCAUGCCUUGUCAAGCUGGAAAUAUCCAUGGUGAUGGGAACCUCCAUCACCAUUCCUCUCUCUUCCAAUAG